AUGGGGACCACAGCAGAAGUCCUCUGGCUCUGUGUCCUGGGAUGCAUCAUCCACACGGCUGCAGAAGCAGAGAUUCCUCCCAAAAAGAAUAGCAGUCAUUUCCAAGAUGGGCUGCACCAGGUCGGCAAAUGCAUCUCUGGUGGCUAUGAAUGCAUUCCACACUCGAAGCCCUGGCAAGUGGCGCUGUUCUACAAUGGCACUUUGUACUGCUCUGGAGUUCUGGUGCAUCAGCAGUGGGUGCUGUCAGCUGCACACUGCUGGAGGAGGUCCUACACCGUUCGGCUGGGCCUGCACAGAAUUCAACAAUGGGAUGAACCAGGCAGCCAGAUGAUUGAGGCCAAUUUCUCCGUGCAGCACCCAUACUACACCCCACCUUGGAGAGACUAUGAUCUCAUGCUUGUCAAGCUGAGCAAACCUGUUGAGUUAUCAGAGACCAUCCAGCCCAUCCACGUUGCCACCAAAUGUCCGGAAACUGGAACCGUGUGCUCCAUUUCUGGCUGGGGUCGCCUAUUGGAUGGCCAGUUCCCUGAGACUCUGCAGUGUGCGUAUAUUCCAAUAGUAUCAGAAGAGUGCUGUAAAGCUGUGUAUCCGAAAUCCUAUGGUGACAGUAUGUUCUGCGCUGGUGGUUUGGACCACAGGGACUCUUGCCCGGAUGCUGCAGAGCAGGAUGAGUUGUGUGAUAGAAUGCUCAUUCCUGGGCCUGUGGGGACAGAGAUAUCCUACACCACUGGGCUGGGCCUCCACGGACUUUUCGAAUGGGAUGAACCAGGCAGCCAGAUGAUUGAGGCCAGUGUCUCCGUGCAGCACCCAGACUACGUCACACCUUGGAAAGGCCAUGACCUCAUGCUCAUCAAGUUGAACAGACCGGUUGUGGAAUCAGACACCAUCCGGAUCAUCCCCAUCACGACCCAGUGUGUGUACCCUGAGAGUCUGCAGUGUGCAUUUAUUCCAGUGCUAUUGGAACAGUACUGCAGAGCACUGUAUGACAAACACUACCACUGGAGUAUGUUCUGCGCUGGUGCUCAGGGCUACAAGGACACUUGUCCGCCCUGGAUAGCCGCACUGUUUGACGAUUAUGAGCCAUUCUGUUCUGGAGUUCUGGUGCAUCCGCAGUGGGUGCUGUCAGCUGCGCACUGCUGGAAACCAUCCUACACCAUUGUGCUGGGCCUGCACAGAGUUUUCGGUUGGUUUAAACCAGGCAGCCAGAUUAUCGAGGCCAGUUUCUCCGUGCAGCACCCACAGUACGUCACACCUAGGAAUGGUAGUGACCUUAUGCUCAUCAAGUUGGACAGACCAGCUGUGGAAUCAGACACCGUCCGGACCAUCCCCAUUGCAUCCCAAUGUCCAACACCUGGAAGCAGGUGCUGGAUCUCUGGCUGGGGUCAGCUUUUGGAUGGCACCUACCCUUUGGAACUGCAGUGUGCAUUUAUUCCUGUGGUUUCUGAGCAGUAUUGCAGAUCCGUGCUUAACUCGUCCUAUUCCGACAAUAUGUUCUGUGCUGGUGGUGAGGGCUACAAGGACUCUUGCCGCGUAAGAGAUUUGGACAUGGAGGCAGAGAUUUGGGAUGGAGAUGAGGUGUAA